CGAUGAUAUAAAUAUAUUAGAUUUUUAGAAGACCCGAUAUUAUAUUGUGUGUACAACUUUCGUGCUGUCAGUUGUAUUAUCGUCUCUUACAUAGUGUUGUCUCAUGAAGUGACAAAUUAAGAAACUCUUUACAAAUAUUAUCAGAGCUUAAUAAAGCUCGCCAUUAACGAUGAAGAUGACAUAUUACUGGAUAAUAUAUUCAUGUUUAAUUUUCGGAUCCGGCAUUUUGUGUGAUAGAAAACUGGAAAAACGACAAGCUGUAUCAUCUUGCUUUGUAAAUGCCGAGGAUAAGUUUAAUUGUUCAAAUGGAGUUUCUAUUGAAAAGUCGUGGGUUUGUGAUGGUCUUAAGGAUUGUUCAGAUGGUUCAGAUGAGAGCCACGAGUUGUGUGAUCGAAACGAGUUUGGAACAAAUAUGACCACAGAUUGUGGUAGAGUAUAUACAAACCAAGUAUUGAUCAAAAAUGGUCAAAAAGCACAUUAUGGAACAGCACCUUGGAACGCUGGAGUAUAUAAAUCCGAUAAAAUAAAUUCCAAUUAUGACUUAAUUUGUGGAGGAUCAAUUAUAUCAUCUAAUUUAGUUGUUUCUGCGGCUCAUUGUUUUUGGAAAAAUAGUAUGACUUCUAAUAAACUAUUAAUAGACGAUGGGCUAUACAAAAUUGCUGUUGGAAAAUAUGAUAGAAAUAUUAAAAUUAUUGACAAUAAUUUUACUCAAAUACUGAAUGUGGAAAUUGUUUACCUGAAAGAAGAUUAUUAUGGAAUGAGUGCGUUUUUUGCUGAAAAUAUAGCUAUUAUUGUGUUAAAAAAGCGAAUUUCUUUUAGUAUUAGUGUUGCACCUGUCUGUAUUGACUGGAAUGGUAAAUACAAUGAAGUCAAUGGAGAUCAAGGAAAGAUUGUAGGUUGGGGACGUACGAAUGACGACAUAAAAAGUCCUAUUUUAUUAGAAGCAUCAUUACCAUACAUCAACCGUACAUCUUGCCAAGAUUUGUACAAAAACGGAUUUGAAUCAUAUGUGACUUUUGAUAAGUUUUGUGCCGGUUCUGUACUGGUUUUAGGACAAGGAGUGGGUGUGGGAUAUAGUGGUGCAGGCUUAAGCUUUUUCCACUCUAAUUGUUAUUAUUUAACUGGAGUAACUAGUGGCAUAAUGGACCCAGAAAGAAAUAAUUCAGUAUCAGUUUUCACAGAUGUUAAGUCCCACAUUCAAUGGAUUCGUGGAUUGUAUAACAGAUACAGACGUCAAGCUGUAUCAUCUUGUUCAGAAAAUGCCGAGGAUAAGUUUAAUUGUUCAAAUGGAGUUUCUAUUGAAAAGUCGUGGGUUUGUGAUGGUCUUAAGGAUUGUUCAGAUGGUUCAGAUGAGAGCCACGAGUUGUGUGAUCGAAACGAGUUUGGAACAAAUAUGACCACAGAUUGUGGUAGAGUAUAUACAAACCAAGUAUUGAUCAAAAAUGGUCAAAAAGCACAUUAUGGAACAGCACCUUGGAACGCUGGAGUAUAUAAAUCCGAUAAAAUAAAUUCCAAUUAUGACUUAAUUUGUGGAGGAUCAAUUAUAUCAUCUAAUUUAGUUGUUUCUGCGGCUCAUUGUUUUUGGAAAAAUAGUAUGACUUCUAAUAAACUAUUAAUAGACGAUGGGCUAUACAAAAUUGCUGUUGGAAAAUAUGAUAGAAAUAUUAAAAUUAUUGACAAUAAUUUUACUCAAAUAAUAAAUGUGGAAAUUGUUUACCUGAAAGAUGGUUAUAAAGGAUAUAGAGUGUUUCAUGCUGAAGAUAUAGCUAUUAUUGUGUUAAAAACCAGAAUUUCUUUUAGUAAUAGUGUUGUACCGGUGUGUUUGAAUUGGAAUGGUAAAUACAAUGAGGUCAAUGGAGUUAAAGGAAAGAUUGUAGGUUGGGGACGUACGAAUGACGGCAUAACAAGUCCUGUUUUAUUAGAAGCAUCUUUACCAUACAUCAACCGUAGGUCUUGCCGAGAUUUGUACAAAAACGGAUUUGAAUCAUAUGUGACUUUUGAUAAGUUUUGUGCCGGUUCUGCACUGGUUUCAGGACAAGGUGUGGGUGUGGGAUAUGGUGGUGCAGGCUUAAGCUUUUCCCACUCUAAUUCAUAUUAUUUAACCGGAGUAGCAAGUGUCAGGGAUUCGGAAGAAAAUAAUUCAAUCGUAGUUUUUACAGAAGUUAAGUUCCAUAUUCAAUGGAUACGUGAGCUGUACAACAAACAUAAUUAAUUCAAUAAGAUUUGCUAUGGUAUUUUUAUUAAAAUAAUUUAUGCCAAUAAAUUGUAAUUUAAUUGAAUAUUUCUAUAAAUAGGUUUUUACUUAUGUGUAACGAUUUUUAACAGUUCAUACAAUUAUUAUUCAUUUAAAUUAAACCUAAUACAUAUAUAUCUUAGUACAUAUAGUUAGUAUCUUUAAGCAAUAUAAUAUAUUUUAUUAUAUUAUAUAACGAACAUAUUAAUUUCUAAGAGUUUUUAGCAUAUAGAUACCAAUUUUUCAUUGUAGAUUUAUUAUUAUUACUAUGUAUUGUACUUUGUAUUUUAAAUAACUGCUAUUUAUAUUAAUUUUUAUCAAUUUUUAUCAAU